UCAUAAUGUCACUAUUAAAAAGAGUUAAUUAUCGUCAUUUACAAGCAUUAAACAAAUGUUGUCGACAAAACAUUAAGCCAAAAAGUUUACAUACAAAGUCACUUGUAUUGUCAAAACAAGAGAAACCACGCACUGUUCAUCUCAAGUCUGUUCAGUCAAACUCACCACUUCACUUUUACCAAAACAAAGUACUAGAGGAGUAUACGAGUCAACCGGUGAAUCCGAGUACACUACGACAGUUUAUCUUUUUUGGAAGGCAAAUGAAUCCAGAACGACUCAUCACUUCAGCCAACUGGGUACGAAACGAACUAUUGGUACGAUUAGCACAUCGUAUUCGUGACUUUCAGCAAUUACCCUUUAUAGUUGGAACCAAUCCACAUAUUGAAUAUGUCUAUAGACUCUAUUGGGGUGCAUUCGAAACCAUGCGUCAGUUCCCUCCGAUCCGCACAGAAAGUGAUAACGAUGCAUUCUGUGACUUAUUAAGAGGUCUACUGGAGGAUGGACUUCUGGUGUUGCCAAAGCUUGCGCGCGGUUUAUCCGAAAGUGUCGCUUAUUAUCCACCAGAUCAAAAUGAUCUAGAUCUCUUUUUAAAUCGUAUGCUCCGAUCAAGAAUAUCCCGACGUGUACUGGCUGAACAACAUCUGGCACUAACAGAGGCAUGUGAGCAUCAAUGGGACUCCACUCUAGGCUAUGGUGAUGGUUAUGUAGGCAUCAUUUUUGUUCAUUGCUCUGCUCAAGAGAUCGUCAAGAGAGCAAAGUCACUUGUAUACCAGCAUAUUCAAAAAUAUCAUUAUCAGCAACAAAAUCAACCCUUGCAUGCUCCAAAUAUAGAAGUGAGCAUUCACCCAAAUAGUAGAGACAGUGAAAAUGAAAUCUUAUUUGCCUAUAUACCAGAACAGUUAGAGCAUAUCUUGUAUGAAUUAUUAGACAAUGCAGUGAGAUUCACAAUGAAGAGAUAUCCAAAUGCAAACUAUCCACCCAUUAAAGUCACUGUGAGUGCAAAUGACUCGGACGUUUAUUUCAGAAUAUCAGACCAAGGCGGUGGAAUGACAAAGGAUCGGUAUGAUCGUCUCUGGUCUUAUCAAGCAAGAGCAAGGACUGGUGACUUUGAUGAAAUCAAGGAGGUUGAGAAGCUUCCUACGACAGUAGAUGGUAGAGCAAAUCAAGUGUUACAAAUGGGCCAUCGUCAUCUAGGCAUAGGAUUGACCAUGAGUAGAAUAUAUGCAGAAUAUUGGGGAGGAGAACUACAGAUUAUUACUAUGAAUGGGUAUGGCACGGAUGUCUACGUGAGGAUUCCUAGACUGGGAACAAAUAUAGAAAACUUGGGCAUUGAUUAUCAAACACACCCUGUAUUCCAAGAUGAUCAGCAUCAAAAACUGUUGUUGAAAAAGAAAGAUAGCAAGCAUGCAGCCAAAGGUAGUCAUAAAAAGCAAGGAAUCAGACUGCAGUCAAAACCGGACGAGAACUUGGCAGCAACAAAACAAAAAGAACUUUUGGAUACCAGCUUGACAUCCAAGUCAUUUAGUGGAAGUAGUUGGAGUGAAAGUCAUAUGAUACGGUCUUAAUAUCACUCUCCUCUAUCAUUCAAAUACAUAUCUCAUAAAAUUCAUAUUGAAUAAUCUUGUAUAUAAAACUCUUUUUUAAAGAGAUGCACG